CAGAGCGCGCUACGUCUCGGCCUCAGCGGCAGGCAGAGGGGAAGAUGUCGGCGCCCAUCCUGAAAGUGGCGACCCCGAAAUGGGAGAAAGUGGCGAGGGGGAGCGUUUGUCUGCUCGGGGUGCUGCUGUCCGUGUAUGCGUAUCAUGUGGAAAGCGCCCGGGCCAGUCAGCCCGGCUAUGUGGCCAUGUGCGACCUGAGCGAGCGGAUGAGCUGCACCAAGGUGUUCGGCUCGAGAUGGGGAAGAGGAUUUGGCCUUGUUGGGAUCAUUUUUGGAAAGGAUAGUGCUUUGAAUCAGCCAAACAGUAUAUAUGGACUUAUUUUCUAUGUACUACAAAUGUUAUUGGGUAUGACAGUGAGUGCAAUGGCUGCUUUAAUACUAAUGACGACAUCCAUAGUGUCUGUGGUGGGUGCACUGUAUCUAAGUUAUAUCCUGUACUUUGUACUGAAGGACUUUUGCAUAAUCUGCAUCACCACAUAUGUCCUGAACGUCAUUCUCUUUAUCAUCAACUAUAAACGACUGGUUUACUUGAAUGAGGCCUGGAAACAGCAACUCCAAUCCAAACAGGAAUAAUCUAAAUGAUUUGCAAACCUAACACCUGGAGAGCCUGCUUCCAUUUAUGUCUAUUUGGCAGUAAUUUUUUUUUUGAGAGAGAUGUAUAUGAUAUAAAGGAAAUCAAAAUCAUUGAGAACCAAUUUUUUUUAAUUGAAUACUUGUUGUGUGGGACCCUGGACUUACUUUGGUUUAUCUUCCCUCACAUGAAGAUUAACAGACAAGCCAACUAAAAGCAAGCUUUAACUGUAUUACACAUUCCUUAGAAGAUCUGAAUUCUGAGAAACUUGCAUACACUAAGUGGCAUUUGUUUAAGCAUUCCCUCCGCCCCCAUCUGAUAAAGUAAACUGCGUGUUAAAUUGUGAAUGAAAGUGCCUUCUGUUAGAGGAUUUUUUUUUUAAUCAUAUACAGGUGUUUUAUAUUGCACAGGAAGUGGCUAAUAGGUGUCCUGGGUCUUGGUGCUCUAAUUAAUGGGUCUGGAAAUUGUCCAUCUUGGUUGAAUGACCUGAUGUGAAUGUUGCAAGUCCAAUUUCUUCCAGUAUAGUAGGAAUUUGUCACAUGUUGGAUGGUAUCCUUACACAUAAAAAUGCUCAGGUCCUCUCGGCCUAAACUUUUUCUGAGUGCAUGGACGAUUUUAAAAGGCCAACAACUAUGCAGUCGCAGCACACCACAAAGGUACUUAAACUAGCACAAUUUGCAGUGCGGGAAAGCUCUCGUCACACCUUGCUAGGAUUUUAAAAAAGAUGCUUCAGAGAAUCUAGUGGUUCAUUACCAAAAGUUUUAAUCUUUACAGGUUUGACUAAUAAUUGGGCCAAGAUUUCAUGUAAAAAGCAUGUCUCUUUAAAAUUUAAUACCUUUUAACAGAAGUUUAAAACUACUUGUGUUGCACUUCAAGAAAUUUUGAUUUUGACUGCUAGUUUACUAUUUAUUUCAGUAUUUUAACACUGCUGCUACUAAUAGAGCAGCAUCCUGACCAAGACAAUAUAAAUAUGUGGUAAACCAGGCCCAUAAUGUUUGAAAAAUGGACCUUGUUUAAGGGACCCCUAUUCAAUCUGAUUGUGCUGCAUACCACUUUAUUUUUAUUAAAUAGUAUUUUGUUUAUAUUGAGAUUUUCAAUAGGCUGAAGCCCUUUUUUUUUCUCUAAUGUAUCACCAUUGUGCCAUGUUAAUUAAUAAGGAAUGGUUGAUAUUUUCAAAAGCAUUUCUAAUUAAAUUAUAGCUUAUUAAUUAGUUGUGUUGGCUGGGUGGAGGUUUUUUUAUAUAAUAAAAAUAAAUGUUGAUAACAGGCAUUAAAGGUAUUUAAGUUCAAUCUGACCUACCUAAACUAUACUUAGAUAUAUUUGACCACUGCUUGAACAAAAAAUCCUAUCUUUCAUUCUAUAUAAAUGCCUGCUGUUUAUAAAUUGAAAAAUGUGAUUUCACUCAACAUUGGUUUUAGAGCUAUUUUGUGGAGGGCUUGUUUAAUCCCAAUACCUCAUUUUAUUCAGAUAGACAAUUGGUCAGAAUAUGUUUUUGCCUGGCUUUGAAAUAUGCUCGCUAAUGUGGUUCAAUGCCUCCUUGAGUAUUACUGGAAGAAGUUAUAGUUAUGUGUAUUCAGUGUGUGAUGGUGUACUGACCACCAUUUGUGCUUUUAAUGAGAGCUUUUGUAUCCUUACAGCAAUGGAUACCAGAGUUCUCAGCUAAAGGUUGUGUCCCCAAAGCUACUCAUGUUGAAUAGUUUGGUAGCAAAUUUAAUAGCUUUUUCUAACCUGAUAUAAUUAUUUAUAUCAAGAAGCAUUCUGGGCCAUUGUGCUAGCUGAUAUCCUAACAGCCUUUUGAAUUUCCCAAAUAGCUUAUGACUUCACUAGCAGGAGGUUAUUUUAAUUUUGUGGAACCACCUUUUGAAUUGGAUUGCAAAAAGAAUUAAUUGAAAGUAUAAUGCCAACUUAGAAUUGGUAACUAUUGGUUCAUAGCAGUAUUUUAAAUAACAUUUUCUCUUGAUACUUUUAAAAACCUAAUGCCUAUGAACCAACCUACAAUAAAAUGCAUCAGUGUUAGUAUACCUCAGACUGUGUUCAUAUGCACAGGAUCCAUCUGACAUGACUGAAAUUUAUAGUCACCCAAUAGGUUAUAUCAAUUUUCUUUAAGACUAUACUGUGCCUACUUGUCCAUGUAAAGUUGUAUUUAAUGGAUGGGGCAGUGCUUUUGAUCAGUGGAUCAGGCAUCUACUGGUAGAAAAAUCCUGUUCUGUCAGACAACUUUAUAUUUGCAAAUGAGCAUUUGUUAUGUAUAUCUAAUGCAGAAUGAUUUUAACUUAAAACUUAAUGUGUAGGAUGUAAACUUAGUAAUUUAUGCAAUCAGUAUUUUCUCAACACUAAACUGGCUGUUUUUUGUGCCCUUACUAAAUUGGAUUGCUUUUUUAUUAGCUGUUGCACUGUAAAUAUUUAGUUGGCAAAUGUUAAAGUCAUUACUACAUUCUUCAUAGAAUACAAAUAAUUCAGAGGAUGUUGGGUACAGUUAAAGCUUGUCUAAAAGGAUUGAAUCCUGGACAUGGAGGAAUUGCCUUUAUCGUAUCUGUGCUCAUUGAAGCUGCUGGUACAGUAAGUUACCUGAAGUCUAUCUCUUUCUGAACUCCAGAAGACCACUGAAUGCUAUUGUACUAUUAUUGUGACAUUCCUGUGACCCAAUAAGCUGUAAAAAAAAAAAAAAAAAAAUUCCAAAGGAGUUUACUGAUACUGUAGUACUGAAACUUUAUAUCUUGGCUGUGGACGACACUUAUGCUCAUCCUUGAUCCUAUUUUUUUUGAAGUAAAACUAUACUAGGUAACUGCAAUUCUACAUAUGUUUGGUGCAAAAUAAGUUUGAUAUUGGUUUUUAGCCAAUGCUUUGGGCUUGGUUCAAAUAUUUUAGUUUGUGCAUCUCCUGGUGUUAGGCCUUUACUAACAACAGAGAGGUGGACAAAUUUAUGUCAGAAGUCCAGUUAUAUUUAUCCUUCUCUUCUCCACCACCCCCCCCCCGUCCCCAAACCAUAAUUAGUUUAUAUUGCACUGUCUAGCAUGAAGCCCAUGUUUACUGCUCAUGAUGUACUGUAACUGAAUAUAACUAGAUUCAUCCCUAUUGGUACUGACCUAUCACUACUUAUUAGCAAUCAAUACAGGCACGAGCAGAUCCCUAAUUUAGAAGCAGCAAACUAAAAUGGUUUUUGUUACAGUAAGUCAUUGUCUAUUCACUAUGAAAGUGACAGGGUGACAAAUGCUCUUUAUUUUUGUAAACUGUAUUUAGCAUGGCAGAAGUACUAUGUUCUUGAUCUGUAUAAUAUGUUCCAUCAGAGUUAUUUAUUAAUGCUGCUUCAAGCUCAUGAGCACAUGUGUUUAAAAAAAAAACUUAAGGUGGACUCUGGGCACUGAAUCCCCUUCACAGCCACAGAUGAGAACGGUUUUAUAUAUAGGUUCAGGACUAUGAUUUUGCUAAAUAGCAAAAAAUUGUAAAUAUGUAUGAAUGUGUAUUCAUUGCACAGAAUUUUUGGUAUGAAAUAAAUGUAGAAUCUACAUGA